AUGUCUUCACCUUCGCCGUCCCGCGCGUCCGAGGCGCCGUACGCGUCCAUGACCGACGCCUCCAAGCCGCGCGGCGUGGACCAGAGCUCCAUGUCCAAGUGGGUCGUGCCGCGCGCCGCCGUGAUCGUCACCGCCGCGGUGCUCGUCGUACUGUGCUCGGGCGGCCUCGUGCUGGGCUUCGGCCCCGUGUACUCGCUGCUGGUGGACGAGGGCCAGUGGUCGGAGCUCUGCGCGCCCGACGAGGAGAUCUCGGGCGUCACGUGCGCCAGCCAGGAGGUCAAGCUGCAGUACAUCUACUCGACCGCCUUCCUGUGCCUGAGCUUCGCCAACGUGGCGUCGAGCAUCACCCUGGACGUCAUAGGCGCACGCCUCACCGUGUGUUUGGGGCUCGUGAUCUCCAUCAUCGGCAACGUCCUGCUGGCUCUGGGGCAGUCCACGGACGGCAACGGUGCCUCCAUCAUCGCCGGGUACUCGCUCAUCGGCCUCGUGCUGCUCUUCCCCAGUGAGCAGCAGGGCCGCAUCACCAGCAUCAUGUCGGGGCUCUUCAACUUCUCCGGUUACGUCUAUCUGCUGCUGCAGAUUCACGGUAUGACGCGCGAGGGGUUCUUCCUGGGCUACGCGGUGCUGGUGGCGGUGUGCCUCGUCGUGGCCUUCGUCCUGUUCCCGCUGAACUCGGUCUCGCUCACCAGCAAGACGUACACGCUGUCGGGCUUCAAGAUGAGGUGGCCGGCGGUCACCAAGCCCAAGAGCAUGUGGCCGGCGCUGCGCUCGCAGAUCGGCCGCAAGGACCUGUGGUUCUUCGCGCUCUUCUUCGGCUGGAUCUCGACCAUCAACGCGUUCAUCGGCGGCGCCAUCCCUAACAUUAUCUACAAGAAUGACGGCGACGACGAAAGCCUCGGGGAUCUCUACGUCAACUACCUGCAGCCGCUCAUCACGAACGGCACCUUCAUCUACACGCCGCUGCUGGGCUGGAUUAUCGACAAGUACGGCUGCCGGGUCGUGUUCUUCGUCACGCUGCUGUCGACGCACCUCGUGAUCGUCUUGCUGCUGGUACCGUCGCUCACGGCGCAGACCUUCAUGCUGGUCCUUUUCGCCUUUGAGCAGGCUGCCUUCUACACGCUGCAGUUCGCGUACAUCCUUCUUACGUUCCCGGCUGAGGUCUACGGCUCCGUACAGGCGUUCCUCGCCGCGUGUUCGUUCCUCAUGGGACUGCUCAACUACGCCUUCACGCCGUGGGUGCAAAAUGGACUUGGCGGCGACUACCUGGUGGUUCUACUGAUCAUGGCGGCGCCAGUGCUGGUCAUGUACUUUUUCAUGGGGCUCAUUCGCAACAACUCGCUGUUGAGUGAAAACGUCAAGAGUGGCGCCGCGGUCGACGAAGAGCUCGAGCAGGGCAAACCCUCCGUCGACUAA